CCUUUGCCGCGCGGCGCUUCCGUGCCCGGCCCCGCCCGUUCCGGGCCCGUCCCUUUAAGGCCCCCGAGGCGCGGCGGUGGCGGCGGUGCCGGCACUGGAUGACCAUAACUAAACAAUGUCUGUCCCACGUGGAGCUGUCCAUGCAAAAUGGAUAGUAGGGAAAGUAAUAGGAACCAAAAUGCAGAAAACUGCCAAAGUGAGAGUGACAAGGCUUGUGCUGGAUCCCUACUUACUGAAGUUCUUUAACAAAAGAAAAACCUAUUUUGCCCACGAUCCCCUGCAGCAGUGUGUUGUUGGAGACAUUGUUCUGCUGAAAGCUCUGCCUGAGCGAAGGAGCAAACACGUGAAACACGAACUGGCUGAAAUUGUGUUCAAGGUUGGAAAUGUCAUAGAUCCAAUCACAGGGAAACCCUGCGCAGGAACCAGAUUCCUGGAGAAUCUGUCAGAUUCGGAAAACCUGACAGAGGCAGAUACUACCUAUCUAAGUGAAAAACUUCAGGAACUGAAAGUAUGUUCAACAGACAAAUAGCGGGUGAAAUAUUUAAGCAAAGAUCUUCCAGCUUUGCCUCUCUCUGUCAGGGGUGUUUGAGGCCCUGCUGUGGUAUGUUAAAUGUUUCAGUGAAAUCUGUAGUCAAAAUAAAUAGUAAAUGUAGUUGCUUAUAUGAGGAGAUGGUACAGACUGAUGAGCACUCCAGAGCUUUGAAUGAAAAUGUAGAGGAAAUGCAAGUUUAGUGUUAUCACUUCAUUUUAUUGCCUGUAGUUUUGCCACAAGCAGUGACAGUUCCCAAAGCCAGCUGCCCUCCUGGAAUGACUCUUCUGUGUUGAGAAAAGAAAAUACAACUGUAUGAUGUUUCAUUUUGGUGGGAGGGCCAUUAUAGUACUUGAUUGCUCUGUAUUUCAGACAGUCUUUUGUGGUUUGUAGGAUUACUGGAGAUAAUGCUAUUAAAGCUUUUGAAAGGAAGUGCAGAAUUUUAAAA